AGCUGCGCUGUCUCUGGACGGUCGCUGCCCCAGCAGCUGACGAUGCUGUCCCUGGUGCUGCUGCCCCUGCUGGUGGCCGGCGGAGCUGCCGACACCGACUACUGCAACAUCGCCAGCUGCGUCAGCGCGUUCGUCACCUCGGAGGACCAUACCCUGUGUAAGUUUCCUGCCAAUCAGACCGCUUCUCGGUGUGGAACUGUCGUGGAGAGAGGUGUGUCGUCUGAAGAUCAAGAUGAGAUCCUCGAGGCCCACAACGCCAUCCGGAGGGACGUCAAGAACGGAGUGUACGCCGACAAAAACCUGCCGGCGGCCCGGGAGAUGCCGGAGCUGAAGUGGGAUGAGGAGCUGGCCACUGUGGCCCAGCGCUGGGUGGAUCAGUGCCAGGGCGGCCACGACAAGUGUCGGAAUGUCCCACGCUUCUACGUCGGACAAAACUACGCUGCAUCCUGGGGAUAUCCGAAGAACUGGGCCUCCAACGCUGUUGGCCAGUGGUUCUUCAAGGAGCUUCCUCUGUUCCAGCAGCAGGAUUUGACGUUUACCUUCGGAACGGGCACUGGACACCUGACGCAGGUGAUAUGGGCUGAAACCACCAGGGUCGGCUGUGGCUUUAUUGCCGUGGAAGACACUCAGAUUGUCCCAGGGUAUACGCUCGUGAAGAGAACCUACAUCUGCAACUACGGCCCAGGUGGAAAUAUCAUGGUAAAUGGUGUGGGCAAACAAAUCUACUAUGCUGCGUAGGACUACGGUUGUGUUUUGAAGGCAUUGUAAGUAUAUUUCGAUGUUGCAGUCGAAACUAUUUACACCAUCGACGGUAAUAAUAGCUUCUUUCAUGCCAUGUCUGGGAUUUCUGACCAAACGAUAGCCGCUAAUAGUGAUCAGCCAUGGGAUAGAUAGGUAUGAGGUAAUUGUCGCGCAUAAUGGGGGGAAUUUAGUUAAUGCAGGCAAUGUAAAGGAUUGGUAUGAAACCACUAUUCAUCGAACUACUUGCUUGUGCAUUUAAUCUGGCCGGAACCGCCUAUAAUAUAUUUUGGUAAUUUCGCUGCAGAUGAACGCCCCACCAUGAAAAAGUGCGUCGUUUUUUCGUGCUGUCUGGUUCUCGUAAUGGGUGACCGGCCACUGCCCGGUCCUUGGAACGGGAUGCUGCGGCGGCGGUAUAGUCGUUCACUAAUGGUCCCAGUGCGCUGCCUUGCGGCAGUCCGGACGCUGCCCGCCCGACCGGCGAGCUUGGCGUUCGGAGAAGACCUGGCGUGGACGACUGAUUGCCGCCGGCAGCGCGGUGGGACGUGGGUCAGUGAGCUGACCGACUACCCGACACCCCAACUCCUGGCUAAGGGCAGCUCUGGCAGCUCUGCAGCUUAAAAUGGUGUAGUUUUGAGGUUCUAUCUGUUUUUGCAGUACCAUUUUUGAAAUAGCAAACCUUCCCCGAUAUAUAAAUAUUGAAUGAUCAUGUCACCUUAAAAAAGUGAGUGUCAGUGCCUUACCGUGAAGUGUGAAAUGAAAACAAAAAGAUGCUUCUAUCAGUCCAUGAAAGUAUACCAGGAAACAUGACAACUUAUAUAAAGCUGAUGAAAACUGCUACUCAAAACCCUGACCUUAGAAAUAUCUUAUCUCAUCAGCCUUGUCGAUGGCACAGAUAGGUAUAGCCACGGUUAGAGCUAGAUGCAAAACUUCAGCACCUACAUGGCAAGCGCCAUCAGCUCUCGCUCGGCUGGCGAUUUCAUCAAAGUUGGACCGAGUUCGACAGCUGUCGGUAAGCGUCGGUAGGUCCUGCGGACACGGCCAGCGGCCUGCUCAGAAUUAGCCGUCCUCCACGACCGAACCGGGCGCCCCCGCGUCGAAAUCGAACGGAAUUGCUGGCUUAUGCUUGACGUUUAGGUAAGGUUAGGUUGGGUCGAGUUGGGUUAGCUUAGAAAGUGUAUGUGAUAGUGUGCAAUGUGUUUAGUUGUACAAUGAAAUAUGUAUGUAGUGAUAGUGGUACGGAUUGAAUAAACGGCUAGCCGCCGUAUAAAAA